UAUUACCGGGCAGAGACAGACCGAGACUCCGAGACGAUGACGGCCGCCAGCAAGAAGAAGCCCAAAGAGUCUCAGCAGGAUGAGGAGUAUGUGGACGUCAGCCCUCCGCAGAGGAACUGGAAGGGCAUUGCAAUCUCUUUGCUGGUGAUCGUGGUGGUCUGCUCGCUCAUCACCAUGUCUGUGGUCGUCCUCACACCCGUUGAACUUCCCGGCAGCAGCAAGUCCAGGCUGACUGUAGCAGAUCUUUACAAACCAGAGUUCAGCAUUCACGACCCCGAGGCCAAGUGGAUUAGCGAUUCACAGGUGGUUUACAGGAACCGGGAUGGAGAUGUCAUCAAGUUUGACUUUGACCUGAAUGACACACACGUUCUCCUCAGCAACAGCAUAUUU